CGCCGCCGCCGCCGCUCAGCUCCCCGGGCGCGUCCAGGACCCGCUGCGCCAGCGCGCCAUCCCCGGGCCCGCGUGCGUCCCCUCGAGGACAGGGACCCCGCCGCCUCUCCGCCCCGCUUCCUGCCCCUUCCCGGCCACCCCCCCACGGCGAGGGGCCCAGGAGAGGGCCGAGCCCGCGCUCGCCCCCCGCCCGGCCACCCCCCCCCCCCGCCGCUUUGCGCGCCAUGGACGCCCCGGAGCAGCAGCCGGACCCCGACGGCGGGGACGCCCCAGGCCACGAGCCCGGGGGCAGCCCCCAAGACGAGUUCGACUUCUCCAUCCUCUUCGACUAUGAGUAUUUGAAUCCUAUCGAAGAAGAACCGAAUGCACAUAAGGUCGCCAGCCCACUCUCCAGACUCGCAUACCCCGAUGAAGUCCUGGACUAUGGCCUCAAGCCAUACAGCCCCCUCCCCAGUCUCCCUGGCGAACCCCCCGGCGGAUUCGGAGAGCCGGAUAGGGUAGGGCCGCAGAACUUUCUGAGCCCGGCGGCCAAGCCAGCGGGGGCUUCGGGCCUGAGCCCUCGGAUCGAGAUCACUCCAUCUCACGAACUGAUGCAGGCAGGGGGCCCCCUCCGCGGCAGAGACACUGGCCUGCUGGGGGAGCAGCCGCCCCUGGCCGGCGUGGCCGCCAGCCCGCGGUUCACCCUGCCCGUGCCCGGCUUCGAGGGCUACCGCGAGCCGCUUUGCUUGAGCCCCGCUAGCAGCGGCUCCUCUGCGAGCUUCAUUUCCGACACCUUCUCCCCCUACACCUCGCCCUGCGUCUCGCCCAAUAACGGCGGGCCCGACGACCUGUGUCCGCAGUUUCAAAACAUCCCUGCUCAUUAUUCCCCCAGAACCUCGCCAAUAAUGUCACCUCGAACCAGCCUCGCUGAGGACAGCUGCCUGGGCCGCCACUCGCCCGUGCCCCGUCCGGCCUCCCGCUCCUCGUCGCCUGGUGCCAAGCGGAGGCAUUCGUGUGCCGGGGCCUUGGUUGCCCCGCUGCCCGGAGCCUCACCCCAGCGCUCCCGGAGCCCCUCGCCGCAGCCCCGGGACGACGGCGCCCCCGCUGGGUACCCCCCCACGGCUGGCUCUGCCGUCCUCAUGGAUGCCCUGAACAGCCUCGCCGCGGACUCGCCUUGUGGCAUCCCCCCCAAGAUGUGGAAGACGAGCCCCGACCCCUCGCCGGUGUCCGCCGCCGCCCCGCCCAAGGCCGGCCUGCCCCGCCACAUCUACCCGGCCGUGGAGUUCCUGGGGCCCUGCGAGCAGGAGGAGGGGAGGAGUUCGGCCCCCGAGUCCAUCUUGCUGGUGCCGCCCACCUGGCCCAAGCAGCUGGUGCCUGCCAUUCCCAUCUGCAGCAUCCCAGUGACUGCAUCUCUCCCUCCGCUUGAGUGGCCGCUCUCCCACCAGUCGGGCUCCUAUGAGCUGCGGAUAGAGGUGCAGCCCAAGCCACAUCACCGUGCCCACUACGAGACCGAAGGCAGCCGAGGGGCUGUCAAAGCUCCAACUGGCGGCCACCCGGUUGUUCAGCUCCAUGGCUACAUGGAAAACAAGCCCCUGGGACUUCAGAUCUUCAUUGGGACAGCUGAUGAGCGGAUCCAGCCCCACGCCUUCUACCAGGUGCACCGAAUCACGGGCAAAACCGUCACUACCACCAGCUACGAGAAGAUCGUGGGCAACACCAAAGUCCUGGAGAUUCCACUAGAACCAAAAAACAACAUGAGGGCAACCAUUGAUUGCGCGGGGAUCCUGAAGCUUCGGAACGCCGACAUCGAGCUGCGCAAAGGCGAGACGGACAUCGGCAGGAAGAACACACGGGUGCGCCUGGUGUUCCGAGUGCACAUUCCAGAGACCAGCGGCAGGAUUGUCUCCCUGCAGACGGCGUCUAACCCCAUUGAGUGCUCCCAGCGAUCCGCGCACGAGCUACCCAUGGUGGAGAGACAGGACAUCGACAGCUGCCUGGUUUACGGGGGCCAACAGAUGAUCCUCACCGGACAGAACUUCACGGCCGAGUCCAAAGUCGUGUUUACUGAGAAGACCACAGAUGGGCAGCAAAUUUGGGAGAUGGAAGCUACGGUGGAUAAAGACAAGAGCCAGCCUAACAUGCUUUUUGUUGAGAUCCCCGAGUAUCGAAACAAGCACAUCCGUGCAUCGGUGAAGGUGAACUUCUACGUCAUCAAUGGGAAAAGGAAACGAAGUCAGCCUCAGCACUUUACCUACCACCCAGUCCCAGCCAUCAAGACGGAGCCCACCGAUGAGUACGACCCCACCUUGAUCUGCAGCCCCGCGCACGGGGGCCUGGGCAACCAGCCUUACUACCCACAGCACCCAGUGGUGGCCGAAUCCCCCUCCUGCCUCGUGGCCACCAUGGCGCCCUGCCAGCAAUUCCGCUCGGGGCUCCCGUCCCCUGACGCCCGCUACCAGCAGCAGAACCCGGCGGCCGUCCUCUACCAGCGGAGCAAGAGCCUGAGCCCCAGCCUGCUGGGCUACCAGCAGCCAGCCCUCAUGGCCGCCCCCCUGUCCCUGGCGGACGCCCACCGCUCCGUGCUGGUGCACGCCGGCUCCCAGGGCCAGAGCUCCCCGCUGCUCCACCCCUCCCCGGCCAACCAGCAGGCCUCGCCGGUGAUCCACUACUCACCCACCAACCAGCCGCUGCGCUGCGGCAACCACCAGGAGUUCCAGCACAUCCUGUACUGCGAGAACUUCGCGCCCGGCCCCGCCAGGCCCGGCCCGCCCCCCGCCAGUCAAGGCCAGAGGCUGAGCCCGGGCUCCUAUCCCACGGUCAUUCAGCAGCAGAGUGCCACCAGCCAAAGAGCCACCAAAAACGGGCCCCCGGCCGGUGACCACAAGGAAGUGUUACCCACAGGAGUGACAAUUAAGCAGGAGCAGAACUUGGACCAGACCUACUUGGAUGACGGUCACAGAUACAGCUCCUGUACCUUUUGAAGGAAAGGAGUUUUCAAACAGAGCCACCCAAGGAACGUGACCCGAGCGGGCCUGGCAUCCGGGCUGAAGAAAAAAACAGAAGCCGGAUCGUCCUCCUUAGGGACCGCUUGGUCCCGGCCAUGGUCGGGCCACGGCUGAACCCUUAUUGGUCAGUUUCCUCAUUCUGAAGCAAGACUGUCUGGCCCACACCAAAUGACCGGUUAAAACUCAGCCUUAAGUUAUGACACGUGUCCACGUUUGUUACUUUUGUCUCCGCUUCCGAGAGCCAGCCCGAGGUGGCUGGAUUGGGGGAGCUCUCUGGGCCCGCUGCUCCUCACCCCUGCAGAGAGCGGCGGGCCUGGAGCAGGGACCCCGGCCCGCGGCGUGAGCACCGGCCUCCGCAGGCCUGCAGGCCCAGGGCUUUCUGCUAGCCUCGCUUGCUUUCUCCCUGGUGGCCAGAGCGCUUUUCCAUGAACAGGUGAAGAAGAGCUCAAGCAUGUGCAUUGAAUUGUGAAAAGGAAUCCCAGAAGAGCUACAGCAACCAAAGGGGAAAAAAAAACAACCAAAAACCAAAAAAACCACGAAAACGGUGCAGGGAUUUUUGUGAAGUGUGAAACGAGGCAAGCGGUGGGCAGGCCUGAGUAUUUCUCUAAGUGGGUUCCCCCAUGACCAGGGUUGAACUCCCUCUCUGGCCUAGCCUGCGAGUAGGACAGCAAGCUCGGGCUUUGGCCCCAAGUUCACUGGUUAUUAUUUUUUUUUUUACCCAAACCCAUCUCCAGCGCCCCUCCAUCCCAAGACACCUGUCUGCAUUAGCCGCUUUAUCUGCGCCGAAAAGAAUCAACCCGCGUGCCUCCCUCAGUCAGAAGGAGCAUCCCCGAAGGGGUGUAUGGGGGGGGUUUUCUCCCCCAUUGUCUCUACUGCACACACCAAGUCCUCCAGAGUCUUCCUCCUUUGGUACAGUUUUUGCAAACACCUAAAACUCUCAAAGUUCUCCGCAGGGGAGUUUCUCAUCGCACAGAUGUGUUCCUGUUUACCUUCCUGGGGACGCCCUGGGACAAGCCAGGGCUUCGUUUUCAGCCACUCUGCUUGCUCCCCGGUCAUCCACACAGAACAUAAAUAUUCCUGCCACUCUUCCAAAGGCUCUCCUUGGGGAUUUCUCAGUCAGCUUGGCUAGGUAGAAGCCUAGGAGGAGAAUCACAGCCUUUAAAGGCUUGCUGUGGGCUUUUGGAGUCCCGGCUUCCUUGUCAAGGUGACGCAAAGAUGAAACCUUCCCCACGGCAUGGCCAGGAGCAUGAGGCUUGGGGACUACGGCCCGGAGGGUCUGGUGCUGCGGAGAGUGGAUGAGAACCCUCCACCUUUCAGUGGAGACCUAGCAUUUAUCUUCCCCAACAACGGGGAGGGGCCGCUCUUCAAGCCCAAAGUUUGGCAAAAUCCUUCUUUUAUACAAAAUGCCAGUAAGAGCUUGACCGCUGUUGCAGAACUUCUGGGAUGUGAAAUUCUUCCUAAUUAAUAAAAGUUUCCUUACACCAGCAGCUUCACAUAAAGCAAUUUCUCUCCAGCAAUAUUGACUUCCCUGGGGAAGAGUUAAAGUGUUUGGUGAGUGAUCUGUUCUCCCUUGACCUGGCUGGGAACCUUAACCUUUUUUUUUUCUUUUCUUUUCUUUUCUUUUUUUUUUUUUUUUUUUUGCACAUGAGGGAAUUUGGCCUUUCCUCAGUUAUCUGAAUGUUUUACCCAAGUGCCUUCCUGCUAUUGUAGCAAAGUCUCCCUGCUUCGUUGUGCCUGGAUGGGGCGAACAAGGGCUAACGUGUUUUCCAUCGAUCUUCCAACUCUGUCCGUGAAAAGGGGGUCCCGCUAGUUGAGAGUCUUUAACACACACACACACACACACACACACACACGUGUGUGUGUGUGUGUGCAUCUAAUGCACACACAAGCUUUUUCUAAGACCUCCUAGCUGGAUAGUAGAGGAAGCAUGUCCAUAAACAACUAUACCAAAUAACAAAAGACAGAGAAACCAAAGCAUUAGUUUUGAGACCUAAACAGGCGAGAGAAUGGGUAUUAGGAACUGACAGCGAUCAAGGAAGUUUGGUCGGUAACAAACGCCAGGAGGAAAUUUUGCCAAGAGGAAUCACUCAUGAAAUAUUUUCAGUCUGGGAAGAGGCAAUACGAUCCUCUAAGAGAAGGAGAAAAAUAAGGAUGUCUAAGUGGUAAAGAUGUGUGUGUUGCACGUGAUAGAAAGGAUCUCAGGUCGAGGUUUGCACUUGCUGCAUCCAAGGUAAAUGGGUAGCGCCACCAACAGAAAUCUACCGUGUUGCUGAAUGUAGUAGAUUUCCGAAGUCUGCAAGUCUUCUGGUAUUUGUACAAAAAUACUGCUGCUUCAUAAUAUAUAAGAGCGAUCCAAAUUAGUAGGUUAUUAAAUUUUAUUUUCUUAUCUGUAUGUUUAUGCCUUUUAUCUGUCCUGAAAAUAUCACACACACCCUCUGUUGGAAUUAGAAAAUAUUUAUAAAUGGUUGAAAUCUUUUUCAGGUGUUUCUUUUUGCAUAUGUUGAUUUUUUUUCCCCCUAAGGGAAAUGAUGUAUUCUUGAAACUGUGUGAUUCAUGCUGGCAAAGCAAACAAAAGCCAAAAACCCAGCUCCGAGCCUGUCAGUCACCAGAGUCUUAGAAGAAAGCGUCCCUGGAGACAGGGGAUGGCUUUGCUGAAGAAGGAAUGCUCUGAUGCUUGCUUGGGAGGAUGUAGAGUUCAGCUCUGAGCCUUCAUCUGGUCACGGAGGAGAAUUGUAAAGUGUUGAGAUUCCCCCACAGCAGUAGCCUAGUAGGUGAUUUUGAAUUAAAAACAAAACUGCCUGUAUUGUAAUGGGAUUCUGGAAGAGUUCUUGUUCACAGAACCCUAAGUGCAGGCUCCUGUUUACAGAACUAACCAAAUCCGGGUAGAUAAGCCCCCCUCCCCCGUGCAUUAUCCAAAGGACCUGCAGAGUUUUCCAGCAGGGACACACCCUAGAUGAAUCAGGUUGAUUUCUUCUAGAAGCUGGGAAGCACUGAUGUGGCCUUUCUUGUUUACAUCCAGUAGCCAAGACGUCAGUCUCAGGAAGCCAGCCUUGGCCAGUGUGGAAGCGGUCCCUUAUAGACAGAUUGGAAGCUGAUGUAUUCUAGUUGUCACUGAAUGUGUUUAUUUUCAUGUCAAACACUUUCCAAGUGCUUUCUAUCAUUCAGAAUCGAAAGGCUGUCAGAGGUCCGCUUUUUGUAAAUGCGAACAAUUUUGUUCACAUUUACAAGAGGCAUGGGGGUUGUGACAUUCUUGACGAGCUGGGAUAAACCUUCCUGCACUCAGCUUUUGGAGAGAUAACCCUGGCAGGUACCCAGCACAUCCUAACCUCCCUCGGAGAUGGUCCCUGAGCAAGUCCCCCUGAAAAGGAGAUGGGGUGCUGGGAACACUGAGCAUUCUGCCUUGAUGCACCUGUUAGCGGACCAAACACCUGGCAGCUUCCUGGCUCCGGGGGCUGGGUGCACUGGAUACGAAGCCGUUCCCUGUGGAGAGGUAUUUUCACCAUGGCGGCCGUGUAAGCAGACAGAGGCUGGGGUUGGGACAAACUUAGCCUCCAGAACAUCUUGUCGAAGAAACUUCCUUACCCCCAUUGCCUCUGCAGCCCUCAGAGGGGAGAAAAUGUUGACAGUGCCCUGUGAGUUCUCUGACAAACAGAAUUCUCUGCAACGGGCGGUGCUGGAAGGCUUAGGUUUUUUUGAAAUCUCGACUGUUAAAGAAGUUUGAAUACAUCACAUUCCUAUGCAAAACGUUUUUAAUCUCCAGUUUAAUGUAGUUUAUUUUUGCUAUAUGUAAAGUAUUUUUAUACGGCUUGUAUCAUGAUAGUUUAGCAAUAAAACGGUUGAAAGCAAUGGC